AUGGGGGUGAGUAGGAAGAGGAUCACUGGUGGUGGUGGUGGUGGUGGUGGUGGUGGUGGUGAUGAUGAUGGGGGUGAUGGUGUUGGUGAUUAUGGGGGUGAGGGGGAGGUGGAAGUGGGGGAAGAGGUGGUAGUAUUUUUUGCCGUGGAGGAGAGGAAGAGGAGGUGGUGUGAUGGGGGAGAGGAGGAGAAGGAGGCACCUGACUUCGUAAAGAAGCAUCUCAGUGAUGCCUGCAUCCAAUUGAGUUUCCACUGUUCAAGGGUGUUGAAAGAAUUGGCUAUUUCUAUCAAGACAAUGAGGAGAUCUUUCAAAAUAGAUUUGUCAAUUGGAGAGAUGAAAGAUGCUCUACUAGAGCUCCAAAAUGUUUUAAAUUCUCUCUCUACCCUUCUCAGUACUCCACCUCCAUCAUCAUCACCUGUAGCAGAAAAUUCUGAGGAGAUGAAAAACCCAAUUUCAACACCUACUAUUGUAUCUCUGGUGGAGAGAGAGGUAAUUUCCUAUCCAUCUAUUAAUGCUUCUCGUCGGCUGCUUCAAUUUGCUGUAAGAGAAGCAGUGGGUACUUUACGGCCAUCAAAUUUAAGAACAGAGGCAUCUUCAAAGCGUCUUCGGUCUGUGGUUUCUACAGCAACUGUAGAUUCAUCAACAGAUGAGCAGCCUCAGAGAAUAAAGUCUGUUGCAAGGGUGCCAAAUGCAAUGGCAACUGCAAUCAAAGCUGCAGCGGAGGCUGCGGAAGAUGUAGUUAAGGUUAGAUGUUCGGGGAAUGUGUUUGACCGUUUGGGUCAUAGUAUGGACGUUUCACGGGUGACCGACCAAUUGCCAGAAUUUAGGUCAUCAAACAUUAUGGAAACAGGUUUUGAUCAGACUCCAGGCUUGACUCACUCAGAUUAUGUUCGAAGACAUGAAUAUGAUGAAGAAGUCAACGGGAAUACGGCACUAUUGGACAGGGAAGCAGAAUUGGCUUCCGAUUCUGCAUCUGAUAAUGAUGGGUAUGAAGAUAUCAAUGUCGUGGGUCAUGGAGUCAGAGAUGCUUCUCAGACCGGCACAUCUAGUGGGAAGGAGAGGGAAUCGCUGACGGUGGAGUACAGUGUAGCCAAGAACAAGGAUGAGGUUGCAAGGAAAAAAUGGAUGCAAGAUCAGGUUCCUCCUAAUACGAUCACAAACACAUCUCGUAAGAUUGUGAAUAUCUCUGUGAAUGUAAACACAUGGAAACCACCAUAUUACCAGGAACCAAGGGAGAUCGCAGAAAUCAAGAACUGUAAAGCUGUUCAGGAGACUCAGGUGGUUGCAGGGAAACCUGGUGCUCAGCUGUCAAAGGAGAAUAACAACAUUGUGGCUGGUAAUGAACAUGAAUCAUCCAUUACACAUUCUCAGAGAGAGUCUCUGAAGACUCUGUCUACCCCCCCUGGUUCAUGUUCUACAGGUCGUCCUUUGGAGGAUGCUGAAUCUAGGACCAUCUAUGUUAGCAAUGUUCAUUUUGCAGCCACCAAGGAUGCUCUUUCCCGGCAUUUCAAUAAGUUUGGGGAAAUUCUAAAAGUUGUUAUUGUGACUGAUGCAGCAACUGGGCAACCAAAAGGGUCGGCCUAUGUGGAGUUUAUGCGCAAAGAAGCAGCUGAGAAUGCUUUGUCUCUGAACGGCACCUCCUUUAUGUCACGCAUUCUGAAGGUUGUCAAGAGAGGCUCUGCCAGUCAAGAAACUGCUUCUAUGAUGACUUGGCCUCGCAUGCCCCGAGCAUCACCAUUUGCUGCUAGGCUUGCGAGAGUUCCUUUUCCAAGGGGCAUCCCAGGUGCAUUCAGGGCUCGUCCCCCAAUCAAAUCUGGUGCCCGGAGCUUGCAGUGGAAGAGAGAUUCCCAAUCCACAACAGGUGGGGAGGGCAGUGCAAGUGUCCAGCAUGGAUCCACACUCACCAACAACAAUGUUCCAUCUGCUGCCCGGAGUCUCACCUACAUUCGUACAGGACCUAAUAAGCCAGAAGGAAAUUCUGCCCCUGCUCCUGCUUAAUUUAUCAGUUUUUUUCCUGGCUGCCUGAUUACAUUCAGAAUGUUCAUUUCCAUAAUAACAAGCCAAAAUCCGAUGACAAUUAUCUGAAGCCUUAUAUCAUCAAAAUCAGUUGCUGGGAAGAAUUAUACUGGUUUCGAUUUCUGUGACUGCCACAUUGACAAGCAUGAUCUGAUUUGGUGGUCACUUUGAAGGGGAUUGGGUGAAAGGGGGGGGGUUUAAAACUUCUUUUAUUUUGUUUUCUGUUUUUUCGGGGAUGAGGGCACAGUGGACAUUGAAGGAAAGGAGUGGAAGGCUGUGACAGUUUCCUUAAUUCUUCUUUUGUCACCCAAGUGCCUUUUUGCGGGGAGAAAUGAUGCUAUUUGUGUAGAAAGAAAUAUGUGAAUAUGGAGAGAAGUGCUAUCCUGGGCUUUGGAGGCUUUUGCUGCUUGCCUUUGUCCAUAGGUAAUCUUUAAACUUCAGUUAAGGUGUUAUUUGCACUCGCCUAGGGGGAAAAAAAGAAAACAAAAUGAAGCAGAAUAAAAUUACAAAAGUUCACUCUGAUGGUGUCUGUUGCACUUAUUUCUCAUCCUGUAUAUUUCUUUACAUCUUGUGUCAGUAAAACAUCAAUUUUCUUUUUCCGACUUCA